AUGCGAACCUUUACUUUUUUGAUGAUUGCCAACUUUGGCACAGCGUUUGCCGCAGUUCAAGUGUACAAUCAGUGCGGUGGCAGCGACUAUUCUGGGGACAAGGAGUGUCCUUCUGGGUCAACCUGUGUCGAGGCCAGCAAGUGGUAUAGCCAAUGUAUUCCUGACUCCUCUUCCAAGAAGGCUGCUUCAGUUGAGAAGACUAAUUUCGACUUUCCUGCCUUCGGAUUCCCAGGAUUUCCUGCACCUCCUCCCGCCGAGGACGACAAACAGCAAGGCGGUGACGAUGUGCCAAUUCCAUUUCCUCCCAUUGUGUCUACCCCCGGAGAGCCUGUCGACACUCCUGAGGAGCCUGUUGGGGACCCUAUUGGUACUGCCAUCGCUAACCCGACGGUGGCUCCUACCAGUGCACCCAUUGAAACCGGUUUUGGCCCUGGAUCUGGAGGUAUCACGCGAACCAUUCCAGCUUCCAGCGGUGCCACUGCCCUUGCUACUGCUAUCCCCGUCUCUGGUGAGCUCGAUGGUGGCAUGACCUACUACGAUCGAUCCCCUGCUGUCUGUAUGGACCAGGAAGAAACCGGCGAGGCCGAUGCCAUGUUCAUCCUAGAAGAGGGCGCCACUCUUCGCAACGUCAUUAUUGGCCCUGGCCAGGCUGAGGGUGUUCACUGCAAGGGCACAUGCACCCUCGAGAACGUUUGGUUCGAGGAUGUCUGUGAAGAUGCCAUUACCUUGAAGCAAAAGUCAGGUACUUCUAUCAUCCGUGGUGGAGGCGCUUUCCAUGCUGCCGACAAGGUCGUCCAGUUUAACGGCCGCGGCACAGUUGAGAUUUCCGACUUUUAUGUCGAAGACUAUGGCAAGCUUGUUCGAUCAUGUGGUAACUGCAAGGACAACGGUGGUCCUCGAAACGUUGUUAUUGAGAAUAUCGCUGCGGUCAACGGUGGUGUUCUCUGCGGCAUCAACACCAACUACGGCGAUACCUGCACCAUCUCCAAAGCCUGCCAAGACGAAGGCAAGAACUGUGAUCUCUUCGACGGUAACUCUGAUGGUAGUGAGCCAACUAAGCUUUCCAGCGGUCCUGAUGGUACUUCUUGUAAGGUCGACAGCUUUGUCGAGACCUGCUAA